AUGUUUCCACAAACAGUAGUUAAAGCUCUCAGCGAACAUGAUUAUGAGAUUGUUAAAUACCUCAAUAAGGGAGGCUUCGGAACUUGCUAUAUCGUAAAAAGCCUCAAAUACGAAAUACAAUUCGUUUGCAAAGUCUCAAAUGAUACAACUGGUGACUUUAUUAGAGAACAGAAAGCUCUUACAUCAUUUGAUCACCCUAAUAUUGUCCGUGUUUAUGACGCAUUUACUUAUGAAAAGUACUUAUUCUUGAUUUUAGAAUAUUGCUCAGGCGGAAGUUUAUUAUCUCUUAUAAACUCUCAUAAGAAGAUAUCAGUUAGCCAGAUGUUGAAGUACUCAAGAGACAUUAUUCAGGCACUUGACUACAUGCACGGCCUCGGAUUCGCACAUUGCGAUAUCAAGCCAUCCAAUGUUCUUAUUGAUGAGUUUGGUCGUGCAAAACUCUGUGAUUUCGGCUUAACAAUUUUUACUAACCAAGGAAAGAAGCAAAACAACAGAAUUUGCGGCUCCGUUAACUACAUGGCUCCAGAAAUGGCUCUCAAUCGCGAAUACGACCCAAUUAAAUGCGAUAUUUGGUCCCUUGGCGUUACAUUAUACCAUUUUGCCACAGGAAAAGUUCCAUACAACGGCAACCACUUAAAGUAUAUCAGUGCAGAACUCAAGUUCGAUAGAGAAGACUUCAAACACGUUCCAGAACAAAUGGCCUUCAUAAUUGAAAAGUGCUUGAGAUUGAACCAAGACGAGCGUUACACAUCUAGACAACUCCUUAAGUGCAUUGAUCAAAUCCCACAGUUAUCAUCGCAAUCAAGAUCAAAGUCCGUUUCAAGACCGUUUACUUCUGCAGCUAGCCAUAUCAUUAGACCUCAUCCAAGAGUAAGAGGACUUACAAAGAGCAUGAUUGCCUAA